AUGAGAUAGCAAUCUCCUUAGCAGAAUAGCUUGAAUUCCAGUAAGUUUAAUUCUUAGGAUAAGGCAUCUUUGAAAACAGUCAAGAUGCCAGAAACAAAAUAGAUGAGUAAUAAGGAGCUGUUUAUGCAGUAGAAUACUCCAAAACCACAAAAUUAAGACUUGUAUUCACCUGAUAUUUCAAUUAAGUAAAUCAACCCUUCUCGCUAGAGCAAGACAUAAAUUGAAUCAGCAGCAAUGUCUUAGAACAAUAUAAAAUUAACUAGCAUUAAGGAUCUUAUUACUGAACCAAGCAAAAAAACUAUAGAGGCGAGAGAUUAAAGAUAGAAUUUUUUCAGAAGCAACAGCAAUAAUAAUAAUAACAACAACAAUAAUUCAAUUAUGAUGAAAGGAGAUGAUACGAUUGAGAAGAAUAUUUAAAGAAUUAUUGAAGAGAGAGUUUAGCAGCUGCGCCAGGAGUUUAAUCAAGCAACUGAUUAGCAAAUUAAUAACAUGUUAGAAAAGGCGACAUACCAAAUAAAGUAAGUCGAUUAAAUAGAAUAGGAUAUGCAGAAUUCUAAAAAUGAAUUGAAAAGACUUUUGAAUUUUGAACAAUAUUUAAAAAAUACUGUUGAGUCUUUAGGGGAUAUGAAAAAAAAUUAAAUUGAAUAAAUUGUUUAAAAGUCUAUCGAAAAUUAAAUGCAGCAACACAUUAGAAACUCAUAACAGUUUGUUGAAGAUAUGAAUAAAUAUAAAAAGUAAUUUGAUCAAAUAUUGCAAGGCUAAUUAGCUUAUGUGCAAGAGGCACACAAAAAAUACAUUUUAGAUGAUGCAGAUAAUAAACAAUUUUCUGAAAGAUUUAAGCAGCAAUUUGAAGAAUUUUAGAAGUAAAUUGCUUCAAACUAUUUGGCCAUGGUUGAAAAACUUACUGAUUAUACAUAGCAAGUAGAAGAAAAGGCUUUACAUCUUGAUUCUAAGUAUAUGGGUUAGUUAAGAAGUUUGAGGGAUGAUCUCUCAAAAUAAAUAGAUGAUGGAAUGAAAUAGCUAAAAACUCACAUCACUAGCUCUGAAAACUAAUUAAAUUAAAAGGUAGAAAUCGAUCAAUUUAAAGGACUUUUAGAUGAAUAUUUCUACUAAACCUACUAAAAAUACCACUCAUAAAUUGAAGAGUUAAAAGAAAUAUUUUAGAAAAUUUCAGGUAGAGAUGAUUUUGCUAAGUUUUCUGAUGAUAAAAUGAAAGAAUUGACUUAAAAAUUUGAAAAAGAUUUGAAAAACUAACAUGAAUAGUAGAUGAAUUUAUUAAAACGAUAAUCAGAAAAAAUUGUAGAAUUGUAAGAGAAAUUGGCUGCUACUUAAAGAUAAUAUAAAGUGGCUGAUAACAAAGUUUAAAGGAUGUUUAAAGUAUCUGGUAGGAAUUUAGGGAUUCAAGAAACAUAUUCGGGUUUAUAAUUAUUAGAUAAUUCUUAAUUGGUUAAGGAUAAGUAUGAGAUUUUAUUUGAAAAAAGUUAAUAAGUUUUUUAAGAAAUGCAAAACACAAUUAGCCAGCUGUAAAAAGAAAAUUAUGAGCUUAAACAAAACACAAAAAAUUAAAAUGCCAAAAAGCAAGUAAAAAAAUUAAAAUUUAAGCCUAGCCAGCUGAAAGAAGAACUAAUGAAUUUGCCAAAAGAACAAAAUAAAUAAAAAAAUUUAAAUAGAAAACCUAGUAUUUAAUCAUAUAUUAAUUAGCAACACAGUAGGAAUCCGAGUUAAGAAAAUGAUUAAUUUAAGAGAAACAGCUAAGUUUUUUCAAAUUAAUUAGCAAUUUCGCCAAUUGCUUCUGUGAAAAGUAGCUAAGUCGAAAUGCAGUUUUAAACCUAAGAAAAUAUUCUUAGUUUACCACUUUUUCCAGUAAAUAACGGUGAUCCAUUGUAAUUAAGACAGAGCUCUAAAGAAAAAAUUCCUUUGGUUUUAGGUUCCCAAGAAAACCCUAUUUCCCUUUUUGGAUCAAGAGAUAAUAAUAACAAAAAAGACUAAGAAAAUAAUUAAAAAACAGGAAGAUUUAAUGAUGACUCUAAAAACGAAGAAUCAUAAAAUAAUAAACCUUCUUUAGUGAGCCCAUACUUAAGAAAUACAACAGGAAACAAUGAAAAACUCUUUAAUGACCCCAAAAAAAUAAACAAAGAAGAAACUGAAAAAUCAAACUAAAAAAAUGACGUUAAUAAUCUAUUUAGAUCUUAAGAAAUUAAAUUUGAAAUUGAAAAAAUUCCUGAAUUAUAAGAAGAAGUCAUUUAAAGAGAAUUAUAUCUUGAAGAUUUGCAGCAAGAAAAGAGAAAAAAUCAAUUUUAGCUCUUUGACUCGAAAUAGCCAACUCAUUAAUUUUAGUUAUUUGAUGAUAAGAAAAAUCCCUCUCAUAAUCUGUUUGAGGAUAAUAAAAGAAAUUCGUUAUCUCCUUCAUCUCAUUCUAACCACACCCAGCAAGUCCUUCCAACUUAGCCUUAUAUGGUUUCUUCUCAAAAUAAUAAUGCCUCUAUUAUUACCUUUAAUCCUUUAAGCAAUUCUUAAGCUAUACCAACAUAGCCUGCAAUGCAAACUUAGAUCAUUCCUGUAUAAUCCUAGUUCCAGUAGCCAUAAAUCAUUUAAAAUAUUCAUGCAUAGUAAUAAAUAUAACCUUAAAUCUUUUAAGCUCUUCCUCCUUAACAAUCUUAGAUAAUUCCAACUCAACAAAACUCUAUAGUGAAUUCUUAACUAUUUCCAAUUCAACCUUAAUAAGUCUUGGUUUAAAAUGUAAUAGAACCUGCAGCACAAUAGAAUAUUCCAAUUAAUUAAAUAUAAAUGUAACAAAACAACAAUAUUUUAGGACAAACAAUUCCAUCAAAUACAUAAUAAACAUAUAAUCGACAAAAUACCCCAGAAAGAACUGUAUAAGCUCUCAACAUUGCAAGCCCAGAAGAAAUUUAAUAAAAUAGCCACCAAAAACCUUAAGAUAAUGAAAAUACUUAGUUUUUAAUGUAAAGACCUUCUUUAUCUCCUAAAACACAAAAUUACUCUUAAUCUAAUAUUCAAAUAAAUGGUUAAAAUCCCUAAGCAACAAUGCUUUCUUCAGCACAAGACAAAAAUCUAAACUAAAAUAGCCCUAUGUUUAAAAAUUAGUAACACUUUAACACUAUUGAUGUACCUGAUAGAUACAAUUCAAACAAACUUACAAACGAUAAAGAUGAUCUAGAUUAAACCAAAAAAUUAUUAGUAGAAAGAGAGUAUUUACUCAACCAAUAAAAGGAAAUAAUAAAGCAAUUCUACACACUAGAAGCAAAAUCAAGCCAAAGUAGAAAUUAAAGAACAAAAUCAACUGAUAUUCCAAGUGCAGACACAUUCAAACAACCAGAAGAUUCUGGCAACAUGCCUGAUGAUUACUUCAGUUUGAAUCCACAAUUUUAACAAUCUUAAAAUAAUAACUUGUCCCAAAAUAAAAAUUAGUUAAAUUAAUCUAAUAAUGCAAACAAUAAGUCAAUUAGUAGAAUUACUAAGUCCCAUAAUGAUAGUAAUUUAGAAGUUCAAGAAAUUGUCUCCACCCUUGAAAAUGCUACUUCACCAAAUAAUUAAUAGAAUAAAUUUCUUUUUAGUCCAUUAGAUCCUAAAAAUUUAUUCCCUUUAUAAUCAAAAGAAUAGAAAGAUCAUCUUUAUAAUUUGCAACAAUUAUCCAUCAAUCCCUACUCGAAAAGCAAUGAAAAAUUAAAAUAGAAUUCAAAUUAAUAAAAUGACAAUUAAUCAGGUCAAUUAAGUAAUUACGACAGCUAAUAAUAAUCUUCAAAGAAGAAAAGAAAUAAAAUAUUUAUCAAUAGAAAUAACUUACCACCAGCUCAAUUCUUUUCUAACCCGAUUCAAAUCUAAAACCAAAAUUAAACUAAAAAUUAAUUUGAAAGCAAUCAAAAUUAAUAAACGAAAUAAAAAACAAUGAAUCCUCCACUUUUCAACUAACAGCCAAAAAAAGAGUUAUUCCCUAAUCUAAGCAGUAGAAAUUCCCAAUUUACAUAAAGCAUGAAUUAAAUCUAAAAUAAUAGAAAGAAUAUGACAUCCCCUAUGAAUUAAGAAUCCUAAUCAGAUUAAUUUACUUUUAAGCCUUCUCAAUCUCAUCAGUCUAUAGGAUCCAAUUAACGCAAUCUAGACUCGCAAGCAAUGAGAUAUUAAAACUACUAAAUGCAAACACCUAUUUCACAUAAUAAUGCAAUUCAGAUGAAUGAUUUGGAAGAUUUUAAUGAGGAUGAAAUUAUGAUGUACUCGCCCACUAAUCAAAAACCAUCUUACAACUAAAGAAAAUAUCUUUUCUAAAGCGAUAAUGACAGUAAUUUUGACGAAGAUUUCUUCUUCUAUCCAGAUCACACUUCUGCUGCUUCUAAAAAGUUAGCAUCUCCAAUUAGUCCAAUCAAUUUUUCAGCAAGCCAGCAUAGGAGCAACAACUAAAAAUAAAGAAUAAAUUAAAGAGAAAUGAUAAUUAACAAUUAAUAAUAAAUAUUAAGCUACUAGAAUAAUAAUAGCCAUAAUAACAGCAAUAGCUAGCCAACUCCUCCUAAAAGAAUGACUAUAGAAGAUGAGCAAAUUUACGAAAAACUGAUCAAAAGAAGAUUACUAUAUAAUAAUAAAACUGAAAAUACAAAAGAUAAAAAGCUUAAAGUAAGAAAAGAAUCUGAUGGAAAACUUAAAGACAUUUACAAUAAAUACAUUUAUGAUGAAAAAGGUAAUCCUAUACUAUUUUCAUCAGCUGCAAUCACAUACUUAGUUAAUUCUAAUCUAAUAGAGCUAAUUUGA